AUGAGCAAGGAAGACUAUGAGUGUAAUGGCAACGUGUGUGUGUUGAAACCAAAGAAAGGUGCAUCUCAGAGUACAGGCACCGCACUGCCGGACCUGAGCAACGUCACCCUUUUGGACUGCAGUGGUAGCAAAGUGGACAAGUCAGUUCUCAAAGAUAAGGAGACCAACAAGGAUGAUUUUAUAGUUUUGUUUGUAUCAAUGGACAAGUCGGAAGAGGAUAUGAUGGAAUACGUUGAAGACAAGAAUUUUGUCUGUAUCAAAUACGACGAAGACCUCGUGGGCGAACUUCCGUCGGCAUUUACAGUCACCAUGGUACCAACACUGGCCAUCAUAUCACCAGAGAACGAAUGCAUAACCACGUGGGGCAGGAGCGCGAUCGAUAAAAACGCCGAAAACUGUAUAGCUGAAUGGAAACAGGGUCGGCCUGGGGUGUCAUGGAUGCAGCUGUUGAAGUUUUGGUAG